UGACACGGAUAUUCAGUUAUUUAUUUUCGGUUCAACAUCGACACGCGUUGAAACAAGGUAAAAACUAUUCAAUUCUCAAGUCAAAAUCAAUUGUUUUAUUCUCUAAUUUUAAUAUGUUCGGUUAUUUUAGGGGUGAUUUGUGAAGUUGAUAGUUGAUAAUUUAGUGCAAUUGUGUUUGUAUGAUUUGUGAAUUUUGAGUUGAAAUUAGGGUUCUUGAAUGAUGGCUUCGGGUCCUCCAUUCGAGUUGGAGGAUCAGACUGAUGAGGAUUUUUUUGAUAAGUUGGUGAUUGAUGAUGAUGAUGAUUUUGUUGUCGAGGCUUCUUCAUCUGCGGUUUCGAAAUUGGUUAGUGGUAGUGAUUCUGAUGAUGCGAAAGCGUUUGCUAAUUUGAGUGUAGAGGAUGAUGAUGAUGAUGUGAAAGCAUUUGGUGGUUUGAGUGUAGGGAAUGUGGUUGCGGAAGUGAGUGUAGUGGAGGAUUCAAAUCGCGGUAGUUUGAGUUUGGGGGAGGGUGCUGUCGGUGAAGGUAUUGUGGGAGAUGGUAAAAAGGUGUCUUUGGUGGGUAAGAAAGGGGAGAAUGGGGGUUCUGUGGAUGCGUUGAGUUUAGUUGACUUUGAGGAUGUAGGUGAAUCUAAGAAUGUCGAUUUAGGGUCUGAAUUGGCAUUUGGUUUGGAUGAAGUUAGAGCUGGUAGUAGUUUUAGUAAUAUCGGUGGAGUAAUUAAUAGUGAUGCUGGGACUGGUGUUUCUAGUGAUGUCAGUGGCAGUGGCAUUUCUAGUAGUGCCAGUGGUUUGAUUAACAGUGAUGCAGGGAUAGCUGGCGUGUAUGAUUCGACUGAAGUCAAUGGCAGCAGUAUCUCUAAUGAUGUCGGUGGAUUGAAUAGUGGAAUUGCAGGGAUAGAGGUGGCAUCCAGUUUGGCUGAAGUUGGCGGCAGCAGUAUUUCAAGUAGUUUCAGUGGAUUGAAUGACGGCAAUCUAGGUACAGCAGCGGCGUAUGAUUUGACUGCAAGUAUAAAUAGUGGAUCUAGUGCUUCGGGUGUCAAGGAGGUGCAAUGGACUGCAUUCAGUUCUGAUGUCUUGCAGGAUGGUGGUAAUGGCUUCGGUUCAUACUCAGAUCUUUUCGGUGAACUUGGAGAUGGUGCUAAUGCUGGGGAUUUUGUUGAAAGUGCAUCGUCAAACAUGGUGGUGUCAGAUGGUGAUAUGUUUAAUGCUGCCUAUUUGGGUAAUGUUCAUAACGACUCACAACAUCAUGAUGCCCAGGUUUCUGGUGCUGAAGGUCACAAAAUCGCAGAUGUGCAAGAUUUGAGUAACAGCCAGACAUGGGAGAAUAUGUAUCCAGGGUGGAAGUAUGACCAUAAUACAGGGCAGUGGUAUCAAGUUGAUGGUUAUGGUACAACCACGGAUGUACAAGAAAGCUUUGAUCUAGCUGUCCAGGAGAACUCAGAGGUUUCUUAUUUGCAGCAAACUGCUCAGUCCGCUGUGGGGGCUAUACCCCAGAGCGGCACAAUUGAGAAUGUUACUAGUUGGAAUCAGCAGGAUUCUAUUGAGAACGUUACUGACUGGAACCAGCAGGCUUCGAAAGCGGGAGAUACCAGUGUUGCAAAUGUGUCAAAUAUGAAUGAGAUUUCACAAGGGAACAAUGCAUAUCCCCCUCAUAUGAUUUUUGAUCCUCAGUAUCCUGGUUGGUACUACGAUUCAAUUGCCCAAGAGUGGCUCUCUUUAGAUGCAUAUAUUUUAUCAACUCAAUCUAAUCUUCAAGCUGAGAAUCAUCUCAAUCAAAAUGGUUUUCAUUCUUAUCAUCAAAGUGAUGCGCAAAAUAAGGAUGUACCAGGGAAUGAUCUUGUAUACAGUUCUGGAAAAUAUGACAACCAAGUAGAAGAUCACAACUUUGGUGGGUCCUUCAGUAAUUACAGUCAACAGAAUUUAAAGAUCUGGCAACCUGAUCCUGUCACCUCAAGUUUUGGCGCUUCAGAUUUUGGUGAAAACCAGCAAUUGAAUAAUCACCAUGACUCAGUAUUCUCCGUGAACAACAAUGUUAGCCAGCAAAUUCCAUAUAGCAUUGGAGAAGCUGUUUCAUAUAAUGGGAAGUCAAGUCAGGAUCGAAGCCAGGGCUUUGUUCCUCGAAAUUUUAGUCAACAAUUGGAUCAAACAAAAUUUGAGCAGGAUGCACAGACGUUUACAUCAAAUAAUUACUAUGGCAAUCAGAAUAAGGCAAGUUACAUGGAGCAGCAGCAACAGAGUGGCCAUCAAUUCUCUUAUGCUCCAGCUGCAGGAAGAUCAUCAGACGGGCGUCCUCCACAUGCCCUGGUUGCUUUUGGUUUUGGUGGGAAACUUAUCACGAUGAAAGAUAAUAAUCUUGUACACAACUCUCCCUAUGGAGCACAGGAUUCAGUAGGUUCCUCAAUAUCUGUUCACAACUUGAUGGAAGUUGUGAAUGGAAGUACUGAUGCUAUGAGUACUGGAGCUGGUGUGUUGGACUACUUUCACAGUCUCUGUGGUCAAGCAUUUCCUGGUCCACUAGCUGGUGGUAGUGUUGCCAGUAAAGAAUUGAAUAAGUGGACUGAUGAGAGGAUUGCAUACUCUGAAUCUUCUGAUAUGGAUUAUGAGAAGGGAGAAGUGAUGAAAUUGCUCCUCUCAUUACUUAAAUUAGCUUGUCAGCAUUAUGGAAAGCUACGUUCUCCUUUUGGCACUGACAUCAACUUAAAGGAAGGUGAUGGUCCUGACAUUGCAGUUGCCAGACUACUUGCCUCUAAUAGCAAUAAUCAAAAAAUCAACAUGUAUGGUGCUGCAUCCAACUGUUUGCAAAAGCUACCUUCUGAAGAACAUAUGAGGGCAACCGCAGCUGAGGUUCAAACUCUUCUGGUUUCUGGUAGAAAGCAAGAAGCGUUACAAUGUGCACAGGAGAAUCAGUUGUGGGGACCUGCACUUGUUCUUGCUGCUCAGCUAGGCAAUCAGUUCUAUGCUGACACUGUGAAGCAACUGGCACUUCGUCAAUUGGUAGCAGGGUCGCCUUUGCGAACAUUGUGCUUGUUAAUAGCUGGUCAACCGGCUGAGGUGUUUACUGCGGAAACUGCUGUUGGUGGUGCUUUUGCUAGUGCUGUAAAUAUGUCUCAGCAACCCGCACAUAUUGGUUCCAGUGCUAUGCUUGAUACUUGGAAGGAGAAUCUGGCUAUGUUGAUUGCAAAUAGAACAAAAGAUGAUGAACUUGUGCUUAUUCAUCUUGGAGAUAGCUUGUGGAAAGAAAGAAAUGAUAUAACUGCUGCACACAUAUGCUACUUGAUUGCUGAGGCAAGCUUUGAGCCAUACUCAGAUAGUGCUAGACUUUGUCUUGUUGGUGCAGAUCAUUUUAAAUUUCCUCGAACAUAUGUCAGUCCUGAUGCUAUACAGAGGACUGAGAUAUAUGAAUACUCAAAGUUGCUUGGUAACUCUCAGUUUCUCCUGCUACCAUUUCAACCAUAUAAGCUUGUAUACGCAUACAUGCUAGCUGAAGUGGGAAGAGUAUCUGAUUCGUUAAAAUACUGUCAAGCAGUAUCUAAAUCUUUAAAAACUGGCCGAGCACCUGAAGUAGAAACAUGGAGACAGUUAGCAUCAUCUCUCGAGGAGAGGAUCAAAGCUUAUCAAGAGGGCGGGUUUUCAACAAAUAUGGCCCCUGCAAAAUUAGUGGGUAAACUGCUCAAUUUGUUUGAUAGUACUGCUCACCGUGUUGUUGGGGGAUCACCACCACCUGCACCAUCACCAACAGUUAAUAGUUUUCAGGGUAGUGAAAACUACAAUCAAUCAAACUUUAGAGUAUCUACUAGUCAAUCAACUAUGGCAAUAUCAACGUUAAUGCCUUCGACAUCAAUGGAGCCUAGAAGUGAAUGGCAUGCCACUGAAAAUAGCACAAUGCCCAACAGAAGUGUCUCAGAGCCAGACAUUGGUAGAACUCCCUCACAGACUGAGAGUUUAUCAUCAAAAGAUGCGAAUACUAGUAACUCACAAGGUAAAGCAUCAGUAUCUGCGGGGACGUCUCGAUUUAGCCGCUUUGGAUUUGGCUUUGGCUCUGGUUCGCAGCUCUUACAAAAAAUUCUGAAACCUCGCCAAGACAAACAGGCUAAAUUGGGUGAAGCAAAUAAGUUCUAUUAUGAUGAAAAACUUAAAAGAUGGGUAGAGGAAGGUGUUGACCCGCCUCCCGAGGAAGCAGUCUUGCCACCCCCUCCAACAACUUCAGCUUUCCCAAUCGGAACAUCAAAUAACAAUGCGAAUAGUGCAGUGAAAACUGAAGGAGCCCUCAGCAAUGGAGGGCCAAAUUAUCAAAGUCCGACCUCUUUGGGACAUAAUGCAGGGACACCUCCAGUUCCACCCACCUCAAAUCAAUUUUCAGCCCGUGGACAGAUGGGUGUCAGAUCAAGGUAUGUUGACACCUUCAACAAAGGUGGUGGAAACUCAACAAACUUAUUCAAAUCACCAUCUGUGCCUGCCAAUAGACCCACUAGCAGUGCGAGUCCAAAGUUUUUUGUUCCCGCGCUAAUAUCCUCGGUUGAUCAGCCGGCGGCCUCGGACAACACCCAACAACCAAUAUCUGGUAAUGAAAAUCAUGUCAUGUCAUCUGUGAACGACUCGAUUCAGUCUGCUGCCCCACCACCACAUAACAUGCAAAAGUUUCCAAGUAUGAACAACAUCCCAAAUAAGGGAACAACAUUGGCCGGUACAGGCAACAGCUCCCUUUUGUCCCACUCUAGGAGAGCAGCAUCAUGGAGUGGGAUCUCUAAAGAGUCUCCUCAGAGCAGCGCUGAAGCAAAACUUCUCGGAGAGGCGUCGGGCAUGCCACCACCAUCUUUUAGGUCUAGUGGCCCUGCUUCAGUACACUCCUCCGUUAGUGGUGGCAGCUAUGGGGAAAAUUUACAUGAAGUUGAACUCUGAUGCAAAGAUGGCGUGUACAUCUCAUUUUGUUCCUGGCAACUAACACACUGUCCAUAUCAAUAAAAAGUCCCAACGUAACCGGGGCAUAGAGAAGUACCAGUCCCCUUUCACAUAUAUUUUGUAUACCAAAGUGUAUCUGCUCAUAUUUCAUUUUAGGAUUUAUGAGGCAGCAGAAUUUUUCAGAAAUUGACGCCAUAAGUGGUGCUCGAGGAGCUGGUGGUUUUAUAACAGAGAGAAUAUUAAACUACAUAUAGCAAGGGGCUAUAGAAUUAAGUUAUACAUGUAAUUGAAACAUAUACCAAGGUUUUAAGAAACUCACGUUUUUUCCUU